AUGCCCUCCGUCGACCCCGCCCCCGUCAAGCUCGACUACGACCACUUCCUCUCCGCCGAGGCAAAGGGUCGGGUCCGAUCCCAGCUCCGAGCCCUCGGCCCCUACCACUCCAUCCCUGGCAUGAUCUCGUUCGGCGGUGGAUUGCCUCACCCCUCUACUUGGCCAGUGAACGCCAUCACCCUGUCUGUGCCCUUUGCAAACAAGUCUGUCUUCGUACCGGGCUACCAAGGCGAGGAUCCCUCGAAGCUCUACCCUUUGGCGCCUUUCACUCCCACCACCAAGCUUUCCCUGCAAUCUGACCCCCUCGACCCGAACCUCACUAGGGACCUUCAGUACUCUGCCACUUUCGGCCUUCAAUACUUUGUGGACUGGAUCACAGAGCAUGUCAAGAGGAUCCACAAUCCUCCUUACCCUGAGGCUGAUUGGCAGGUGCACUGCACUGCAGGCAACACUGAUGGAUUCGACGGUGUUGCGAGGACGUUGUUGAACAGGGGCGAGUAUGUACUGGUCGAAGAGUUUGCAUUCCCGGCGACUAUCAACCACUACGCUUCCCUCGGAGGUCGAAACAUUGGUGUCCCCCUGGAUGGAGAAGGUUUGGAUGCAGAGGCACUCAACAAGAUCUUGUCCGAGUGGGACGAGGAAGAGCGCGGAGGUGCUCGUCCCAAGACUCUCUUGGUGGUCCCGACUUGCUCCAAUCCCACUGGUGUGACCUACACUGUGCCCAGGAAGAAGGAGAUCUACACUGUAGCCAGAAAGUGGAACCUUUUGGUCAUUGAAGACGACCCUUACUGCUACCUUCAAUCCCGACCUGACGGCUACGACACCCCGCUUGUCCCUUCCUUCCUCUCUCUGGAUGUCGAUGGCCGAGUCGUCCGUAUCGACUCUUUCUCCAAGUUUAUCGCGCCUGGCAGUCGUGCCGGUUGGAUCACCGGACCCAAGGACAUUGUCACUGCCAUCAUGAGGAAGGGUGAAUCCAGUUCAAACGGGCCUUCGGGCUUUGCAAUUGCCUCGAUUGCUGGUAUCAUCCAAGCAUGGGGCAGCCACGAGGGGCUCGAGAAGGAGUAUUUGCCUCACAUCUCUGCUGUCUACAAUAGCCGCGCUUCGGAUAUGGUCCGCCAUAUCCGCAAGUACGUCUCCCCCGAGACUCUCGAGACGCCGGAGCCUACCGGCGGAAUGUUCCUCUGGGUGCGUCUUCGCCUCGAGAACCAUCCUCUAUUGGGCAAGGUCGACCCCGAAGAGAUCUCCGCCCGCACCUUCAAGCGCCUCGUUGAUGAAAAGGUCCUCACUGUCCCUUCUCAAUAUUUCAAGGCGGGUGGCGGAAUUGAGCUGAGCAAGGAGGAGGAAGCCAAGAGGAUCUUUUUGAGGUUGAGCUUUGCUACUGCCGAUCCGGAGCAGAUGGAGGAGGGAGUCAAGCGGUUGGCCAAGGGGUUGAGGGAGGAAUGGGAGCUGAAAGAGUAG